GCGGUUGGUCAGAGGGUUGUAGGUGUGAGUUUACAGUCACAGUAGUGUUAAGUCGCAGUAUUGUGCGCCAGUCGUUAAUGUACUCUCAUAUGGUAUACGCUGUUUCAUAAAAUUUUCGUUGAUAACCAAGGUUUAAGGCGACGAAAAUAGUUGGUAGUGUUUCGUGUUGACCGAGCUGUGAAUUGAGAAACUUGCCAUUCCUAAAGGACAACUAACAAAGCAUUUUGAAAGUUUUCAAAAUAACAUUUAGGGCACUUUAAAGUGCCUUUCUGCCCUCAUCGCCCAACAUCACAGAGCCAAGAUGGGCAAUGAGGCAUCACUUCCAAUGGAGAUGUGUUCUAAUUUCGACCCGGACGAGAUCCGGCGCCUGGGCAAGCGGUUCCGGAAGCUGGACCUGGACAACUCGGGCGCGCUCAGCGUCGACGAGUUCAUGUCGCUGCCGGAGCUGCAGCAGAACCCGCUGGUGCAACGCGUCAUCGACAUCUUCGACGAGGACGGCAACGGCGAGGUCGACUUCAAAGAGUUCAUCUCGGGCGUGUCGCAGUUCUCGGUGAAAGGCGACAAGGACUCGAAACUGCGUUUCGCCUUCCGCAUCUACGACAUGGACAACGACGGCUUCAUCUCAAAUGGCGAGCUGUUCCAGGUGCUGAAGAUGAUGGUGGGUAGCAACCUGAAGGACACGCAGCUGCAGCAGAUCGUGGACAAGACGAUCCUCUUCGCCGACAAGGACGAGGACGGCAAGAUCGGCUUCGAGGAGUUUUGCGUGAUCGUGGGAAACACGGACGUGCACAAGAAGAUGGUGGUGGACGUGUAAGCUCGCGGCGGCGCCGAGCGGCCCAGCGGAGCUUCGCACCGCCAUCUGUGUGAUACACGAGUAACUACAACAUCCGCUAGUCAGCCGCCGCGCGGCGCUCCCCCGGUCGGCGCUGGAUCUCGGGCCGUCCCGCCCGCCUCCCCCGUCCCCCCCCCCCAUUUGUACUCCACUUUACCGGUGGUCCCUCCAUUUGAUUGCGUUGCCGGGCAUCAGCUGGACUCGCUGCCCGUCGACGCCGCCUCGGCAGGCCCGUGGCGGCCUUCCGCCUAGCCCGUCGCCUUGUCGGAAAUCCUGUGCGCGUGUCGGUGUCUUUUCGACUAUUUGUUGGACACCUGUUGGCUUAUCGUGACGUUUUUGAUUGUUUUAUGAUCGCGAGUCGCCGCGGUCGAGGCGGUCGUCAAUCACUUGCGCCGGGCGCGCUCCGAACGGGUCACACGAGCAGGCCGAUGUCCGCCGCUGGGGCGGUGCGUGCGCUCGCGGCCACGAGGUGCGACACCGGAGCGUGAAGAGCUCCGCAAAAUGCGUCUCGCAGCCUCGUCCGGGUCUGUUGGUCUCGAUGUGUGUGAGAUAAACACUAGCAUGUGCCGUCGUAGGAUAGAGGUGCUGUUUUCAGUAUGUGAAUGGAGCGGGCCGGUCCGCGUGGGGAUGCCAACACUCCCGUCAGAGGUCCGCUCGCCCUCGUUUGUCUCUGCGUACUGUGGGUGCUCUUGUCUCGUCCCGGGGCGGCCGAACUUUCUUUACGUGUGUGAUGUCACCCAGUGGAGUCGUUUGACCUUGGUUGUCUGCGUUACCACUCCUGUCUGGCGUCCAGCUUGGUGUUCUUACUACGAAUAUAUUUAAUAAUCUUC